AUGGCGAUCUGCACGUGCUCUUGGACUGGCCGCCACCUGGCCACGUUCACACGUGCGCGGUCCAGUGUGUACACCCUCACCACUGCUUCUCACAACACCCCUUUGUCUCCUCAGUUGUACGCGUCCGCUCAGGUAGCUACCCAGUGUGAGUGUCGCCGCUUGUCGCACCAGACUCUCCUUUGGCACCACCGCCUUGUUCACCCCUCCUUGCCUCGCCUUGGUGGCAUGCACUCUUGCCUACUGAUCUCUGGUCUUCCCAAGUCUCUGCCCUCCCUCCCUCCCUCACCUGCGCCGCCCUGCAUUCCUUGCGUCGAGGGGCGGCAGCGCGCCGCUCCUCACUCCUCCUUGUUCCCUCCCACAGAGGCUCCACUGCAGACUCUCCACCUCGACGUGUGGGGCUCAGCCCGCGUCCGUGGAUACGGCCACGAGCGUUACUUCCUGCAGGUAGUCGACGACUACACGCGUUACACCACGGUCUUCCCCUUGCGGCGCAAGGGGGAUGUCCCUGCUGUUUUGAUCCCUUGGAUCCGCGCUGUUCGUCUCCAGCUUCGCGAGCGGUUCGAGUUGGACUUUCCUGUCUUGCGUCUGCACUCUGACAGAGGUGGUGAGUUCUCCUCUGACCUCUUGCGAGCCUAUUGUGAGGAGCACGGCAUCCGCCAGACGUUCACGCUUCCGGCCUCUCCGCAGCAAAAUGGGAUGGGGGAGGUUGGCGAUGCGUCGCGGUUCCGGGUCUGGGAUGCUCGUGCCUUUGUCCGCAAUACCACUGUGGACAAGCUCUCCCCUCGCGCCAUUCCCUACAUCUUCCUUGGUUUCCCCCUUGACGCCCCUGGUUGGCAAUUUUACGACCCUGCCUCGCGUCGUCCUCCCCAGCUAGACCCCCUCCCCGCUCCCAGUCCUGCUCCUUCAGAUGUGUCUCAGGUAGACCCUCCUCCCUUGACUGAGCCGGUUGAGGUCACUGGUGACUCAGGUCCUGCUGGGGGUGGUCCUGCUCGGGGUCCUGCUUAUGGGGGUGCUGAGCUUGGGGGUGCGGAGCCUGGGGGUGCGGAGCCUGGGGGUGCUGAGACUGGGGGUGCGGAGCCUGGAGGUGCUGAGCCUGGGGCUGCGGAGCUUGGGGGUGCUGAGCCUGAGGGUGCGGAGCCUGGAGGUGCUGAGCCUGGGCGUGAGGAGUCUGGGGGUGCUGAGCCUGGGGGUGCUGAGUCUGGGGGUGCUGCGCCUGGGGGCACUGAGGCGCCUGGUGAGCAGACUCCUUGGAGCGGUCGCCUCCGUAGUCGCUCUGCUGGUGCCUCGCCGCAGCGCUCUCGUAGGCGUGUCCCUCUCUCCACACAGCAGCUACGUGAGUGGUACGUUAGCCGUCAGGGUCGCGCUGCUGGAGCUGGGGGCCCUGCUACAGGAGGCGCUGGCGUUGGAGGCACUGGAGCUGGCGCUGUCCCUCUCUCCCCACAGCAGCUGCGUGAGUGGUACGUUAGCCGUCAGGGUCGCGCUGAUGGAGCUGGGGGCCCUGCUGCAGGAGGCACUGGAGUUGGUGACUCUGCCACUGGAGGUGUUUCUACUGGGGUUCAAGCAGCCGCUGGUCCCGGAGGUGCUCGUACUGGAGGUACUAGAGCUGCUGGGGCUGGAGGUACUACUGGACCUGGAGGUGCUGCUGUCGACUCUGAGGUUGGAGGUCCUGGAGCUGGAGGUGCCGGUUCUGGGGGUGCUGCUCUGGAUGUUCUGGAGCUGAUGGAGGUGCUGGUACUGGAGGUGCUGGCUCUGGAGGCGCUGGAGCUGGUGGAGGUGCUGGCACUGGAGGCGCUGGCGCUGGAGGUUCUGGAGCUGCUGGAGGUGCUGGUACUAGAGGUGCUGGCGCAGGAGGUUAUGGAGAUGGUGGAGGUGCUGGCGCUGGAGGCGCUGGAGCUGGAGGUUCUGGAGCUGCUGUAG